UCAAACGAGUGGAGUUUUAUUCCCCUUUCUGUCUCUUGAAAUUUAUUCACCAACAGUGAAGACACAUAUUACUUAUUCGAAAUCACGAUAAGUUAAUUUCAAUCUAAUACACGAAGGUGGUUUGAAGUCAAAGAAAAUUUACGUAAAAUAUUAAACUUUAAACUUUUCAUUUUAUGAAGCCGUAUAGAAAUCAAAGUUGCCAUUGAUUUAUAUUUCUUGUUUUUGACAAAGUCAAACCAUAAAAAAACUACUAAAUUACUAUAUUUAUAUAAAUUUUGCAAUGGAUGCAGAUCGAAUCCAUAAGAGCAGCAGUGAUCGGGAUUUGGAAUUUAGCCAAUGUCGACGUAAUGGUGUUAAUUAUGCGAAUUUCGCCGAAUUCCUAGCGAGUCUCAACGUUAAUGAUACCGCUUUGGAUUCGGUUCAAGGCCUUGGAAGUUUGAGCAUAGAGGAUUACCUAAAAGCAAUGCACUGUGAUGGCGAAAAAAAACCUAAGGACGGUGAAAAGUCUCACAAAUCGAAAAAUAUACGAAGGAAAUCGAUUCAGGAAGUCAAUACGCAAAGGCAAAUGGAUUCCAAAUGUUCCAGCAAAUCCAAAUUGAUAUCCCAGUAUACCGAAAAAAUUUGGAUGUAAAAUUGUGUAUUAUGCGAUGCGAAUUUAUUUUUAAAUUGUCAAGUUA